AUGAGUGGGUUUGGAUGGUCGGCAGGCGACAUCGUCGCUGGCCUAAAACUGGUGUGGGAUGUAUGGAAAGCCGUCUCUGAUGGACCCAUGAGUGCCAAAGCUGAAGCAAAGCAAUUCUUUGAAGAUUUUGAUCAGAUUAUUCAAUGCUUAGAUGAUUGGGAACACCGAGAUGGAAGUUUAGCAGAAGGUUCUAGUUUGGCAGCUGCUCCGUCACAACUCCAACAGCAGUGUGUCAAGUUUCUUUCGAGACAUAUGCAAUUGAUAAGAACCGCCAAUCCUCAGACUGCGAUCACAAAGCAAGGAGUACCCAUGUGGUUAAGGAAAGUUGCCUUCUCAGGAGACCAAAUCAAAACUCUGUAUUUGCAAAUUUCUUGGCCCUUCGAAAGAGAUCAAGUUUUGCAACUUCGAACCAAGAUGGAGUUAUACCUCAGUCUAGCUACUUACAAAAUAUCUGCUUUAAACCACUCAGUAGCUCAAGACACAAACAACAUAGUGCGAGAGAUAAGCACUUCCCAUCAAGAAUUACUUUCGUCCAAUUUGAAGCUGGUCUCAUCUCAUCUUGAACUAGUAUCACUUAUUACUCAAAACUUGAAAAGAGUAACACACCCUCUCGAGUCGAAUCCUGAGAUGAAUCAAAUUGAUUAUCCUAUGCUUCGCCAACUCGAACAAGCAUUAGCCCCCCCACAACCACUUAGAGCAGUCGAAGCUCUCCACGACACACAGCAUCCUUGGCAGGAUCAACACGACGAAGACCCACCAAACUCGAUCACGCGAUCAACCAUAUCUGGUCAACACAGCUUACAAGAUGAUGGGAUUGAGAAACGCUACGUUCUCUCACAGAGAUUGGAGAAUUUGGCAAUGAGGCGUGUCGAAUCCAUCAAUUACAUGUCUACUUCACGCCUAAGAGGGACAGAAAGACCAGUCGAUCCGCUCAUCUCACGAUUACAAGAUAUGAGGGGACAAAUAUUUGAUGCAGUAGGAAUAAAGCCUCUGGAGUCGAAUAUAACAGCUCACAGAGAUCCCUCAUCAUCAAGAUCCGCACCUGAGAACGCAUUGUUGUACGAGCUUGAGGCAUGGAACCAACUAGAAACCCGAAUUCAACGUGAAAUAUUGCACCCUGCUCGUAUCAGUUCUCGAGUCACAUUGCAUAGUACGGAAUCAACUGGAGAAGAAUUUCCAUUUUCACAGGCAUCACCUCGAAGUAGUGGGGGCUCAUUCCAUCAAAUCACUGGGUCUUCUUCCACUACUGGCAGUCCUUUGGGUACAUCCCCAAACAGUCAUUUUCUUGGCAUUCCUCAAAGCAAUCCCACCAAUACCUACGGGUAUUCCCCAUUCCCGCAUGACUCUGAUGGCUCAUCGAGACACAACAGAGCUCUAUCUAACACUUCAAUUUCACCGAGUCCCUCGGUAUGUAUUGAUCCAUCGAUCGCAGUGUAUUUGUCAUAUCCCAAACAUGCGGUCAAUGGAUUCAUACAAUCUAUCGUUCGAUCAGACAAUGGGGAAGUCAUUAUCAUAAAUACCAUUAGUCAGGACGGUUGCACUGAAUUUUGUCAUUCAGUCGAUCCUGCUACACCUUCAACAUCACAAACCUCUAUGAUACCCUUCAUUGACAACCGCCACGCUGAUACAGAUAAAACUCAUAGAUACCGUGUCAAUAUGCAAGGCUCUCACCGGCUCAAAGUCACCAAGUCCGAUGAACUUCAAGGACAGAAGAUUCUGCGUCACAGUUGCUCACCAAAUUACACAUUUCACAAUGAAAAAGAUUUCCUGGAAUUUCACCGCCUCAUUCUCCUUAAAGAAGUUAAGCAUUACUUUGAUGUUCAAUGGAUCAAGUCUUUGAAAGAUAAAGAAUCCCAAUGCCGUUUAUCAACAAUUCAAAUUAUUCGUGACGCCAUGUCCCGUACUCGCUACAUCCUUUACUUCCGCAAAUCUUCGGAUCGUAAGUCGGCUUUUGAGGAGUGGCCUGUGUCAAUAUUCAAAGAACCGAGGAAACCAAAGACAAAAUCCAUAACGCUAGAGAGCCUUGAUGAUAGGCCUCUACAUGAAGCUCGCAAAAAGUUGACGAGGAUUUCAAGAAACAAUACUCAAGGUAGUAUUACUACAAUCGGCUCGCAGGAAUCCACGAAUGGGGCGUACGAGAGACUUCAAGAUCGAUCCACAAUUAUCUCUGGGAGGAGUAAUAUAAAGGGGUUGAUCAUCAAAUUCUGUGAUACUAAAGACUGCCACACUUUCUGGCAAGAAUUCACAACCAAAGAAUCAAUCUUCGAUAGCAUAUCAACUGGCACAACGGAACUUGGGAUUGGUGAUCCGAGACAUAGCUUCGCGGAGUUGGCUUCUUGA